UUUUGUUUGAGGUGCUAGAGGCUACGAAUAUGGGCCUCCCUUUGUUCCUGGGGAAAUUUGUCGAAUUUUUCGUUCAGCUGGAGAGAAGUUUCUGCACCUUUAUAUAAAUAUGCGAACUCAGAGGAUAUCACUUCUCCUGAAGAAGAGGUUUACAACACCAAAUUGGGUCAAGCAUAAGGAGCCCAGAGAAGUUCAUAUGUUUGUUGAUUUAUUUCUCCAAGAGCUCGAAGCAAUAGAAGGUGAAGUAAAGCAGAUUUUGCCUCAAGGGCUGCGAAGGCAUCGUCGCAAUGACAGCAAUGGAAGUACUACCUCAUCAAGGAGCAAUCCAUUACGAGAGGAAAGGCUGAGUCGGUCCAAUACCCAAAGGGCCAGGAGCCAGCUCUUGGAAACUCAUCUAGCAAAAUUGUUUAAGCAAAAAGUUGAAAUUUUCACAAAAGUUGAAUACACACAGGAGUCAGUGGUAACAACAGUAGUUAAAUUGUGCCUUAAAAGUUUCCUAGAAUUCGUCCGACUCCAGACUUUCAAUCGGAGUGGAUUCCAGCAAAUACAGUUAGAUAUUCAGUUCCUAAGGACUUCUUUAAAGGAAACUGUUGAAGAUGAAGCCGCCAUUGACUUUCUGCUUGAUGAGGUGAUUGUUGCUGCUUCAGAGCGUUGCCUGGAUCCAAAUCCUUUGGAACCCCACAUUUUGGACAAACUUAUACAGGCAAAAUUGGCAAAAAAACAGGGAUCAGAGUCCAAUCGCUCCAUAAACAUCUGAUGGUGGUGAGAUCGGUGAUCACAAUGACCUUUAAUUCUUGGU